UUGGAGGCGCGUGGUGGAGUCAGGCAGAAAACUUAUUGGAGGGGAGGAACAAGCCCGCUCCUCUAGUUCUCCACCUCUGCGCCGCGCCUCAAGGGUUCCCACCAGCCUUGCGGAUUUAUUUUUAUAUCCGUCUUUUUUUUCCCCAACUAGAAAUAUAGAGAGACUAUAUAUCUAUACGUAUAUAUUUUUUUCCUCUUAAGAGAAAAUUCCUGUUCCGAGAGAAAAGAAGGCAAGAUCAAUGAAGGAGAGAAGAGCCAGCCAGAAAUUAUCCAGUAAAUCUAUCAUGGAUCCUAAUCAGAACGUGAAAUGCAAGAUAGUAGUAGUGGGAGAUAGUCAGUGUGGGAAAACCGCGCUGCUGCACGUUUUCGCCAAGGACUGCUUCCCCGAGAAUUACGUCCCGACGGUGUUUGAGAAUUACACGGCCAGUUUUGAAAUCGACACACAAAGGAUAGAGUUGAGCCUCUGGGACACUUCGGGUUCCCCUUACUAUGACAAUGUCCGGCCCCUCUCUUACCCAGAUUCAGAUGCUGUGCUGAUUUGCUUUGACAUCAGUAGACCAGAGACUCUGGACAGUGUUCUUAAAAAGUGGAAAGGUGAAAUCCAGGAGUUUUGUCCCAAUACCAAAAUGCUUUUGGUUGGCUGCAAAUCUGAUCUCCGGACAGAUGUUAGUACAUUGGUGGAACUAUCAAAUCAUCGGCAGACACCAGUGUCAUAUGACCAGGGAGCAAACAUGGCCAAACAGAUUGGUGCAGCUACUUAUAUUGAAUGCUCAGCUUUACAGUCAGAAAACAGCGUCAGAGACAUUUUUCAUGUUGCCACCUUGGCAUGUGUAAACAAGACAAAUAAAAACGUUAAGCGGAACAAAUCACAAAGGGCCACAAAGCGGAUUUCACACAUGCCCAGCAGACCAGAACUUUCUGCAGUUGCCACGGACUUGCGAAAGGACAAAGCAAAGAGCUGCACUGUGAUGUGAAUUUCCCAUAAUCUUUAAUGAGGACAAGGAAAUCUAGUGGACAAACACCAAAAGAGAGUAAAAUAAAAAGGUGACGUCUAAGUGAAGUACGCAGCCAAAGUCGCGUAUUCUGAAGCUUCAGAGGUGUCCGAAAGGAUGCUCAUUGUUUUGGAAUCCUGUCCUUAGGUUUGGCACGUAGAACAUGUGGUGAGAAGUGAAUAUAUUGGAGAGUUUUGCAAUGUGACUUGAAAACUAUGCCAAAAAGAGAGAGAGAUUCAAAUGGGCUGGAGAGAGAUGAGGAGAAAUGCAAGUACUCCCAGGAAGAACGAUCACGCUCUGAAUGGUGCUUGCGUUUUUGUUUUUGUUCUGAUCUAUCCUGGAUCUCUAUUUUGAUUUAAUUUUAAAUGUUUUAAUCUCCUUUACAAAAAAGUAUAUAUAAUAUACCGUCCUCAUUGGGGAACUGGCACUGUGACCUUACCGUUUAGUUUUCUAGAGGAUGUGAUCUAAUUUCUUCCUAGCUCAUCAUUAAAAUGGAAAUUGUAUCAGGACCCAUGGGAUACCCAGAGGAAAAGUUUGUGAGGCUUUGAAUUCUUGCCCUCCUGAAGAUAGUUGAGUGAGAUGGUUUGAAAGAAAAGCUUUUGCAGACUUGUAAGAUAUACAGACCAGCACUACAAACAUUGAAUAGAUCAAAUAGAAGUGUCGAGUUUUAUUCAGUCUGAUGAUUCUGUUCAUCAUUGUGAUUGUCAUUAAGAAGUGGUAAAUUGCUCAAUGUAAUAUUUUUGUGCGCUGUUUAGAAAAGAGGAUGUGUGGUUUUUUGGCCAUCGUUGAUGAAAAUGCAGUCAAAUAAAAGGUGUCUUGGUUUGACGUCAUAGAAUGAUACAAGGG